CCUCUCUCUCUCUCUCUCUCUCUCUCUCUUUCUAUACGCGCAAACGUCAAUCGCGAGAAGCAAUAAUAAUGGAGGCGUGUAAUGCUGUUGAGCGCGAAGUGGACAAAGUUCUUUCGAAAUUCGGUGCUAUUAACGAACAUGCGGAAACGGUGCUGUGCGAUCUGAUAAGUCACAUCGAGUCUCUCAAGAGAGAUUUGGAGGCAGCACCGCCCGGAAAUGAAGUGACACCCGAGCAGGUGCAAGUACUGAAGCAAGCGAUGACGAAAGUACGCGAUACUGUGAUAAAGUUGGCAACGGACCACCGCGACUUGCACAGCACAGUCUCCAAAGUGGGCAAGGCGAUAGACAGGAAUUUCAUCGCCGAUUUCGCCAGCACCAGCAGAGAAGAUGUAUUCUGCGGACCGGAGAAGUCUCAUCUUCUGAAUCAAGUAAUCUGCCAACACUUUUAUCGCCAGGGGAUGUUAGAUAUCGCCGAUGAAUUAGCAGCGGAAGCUGGAAUCAAGACCGAUGAAGGUAGGAAGGAACCGUUCACGGAACUAAAUUUCAUACUGGAUUGCUUAAAACAGAGGAAUCUCGAGCCGGCGUUAGAAUGGGCGAAGAAACAUAGGGAGGCACUGUUGGCGCAAAGUUCUUCUCUCGAAUUCAAGCUGCACCGAUUACAUUUUAUAAGACUAGUUCAACAGGGUCCCUGUAAACAGACGGAGGCAAUAUUAUACGCUCGUCAAAACCUCACACAAUUCGUCGGUCGCCACGAGAAGGAGGUGCAGUCCUUAAUGGGGACCCUGCUUUAUUUACCACACGGGAUCCAGUCGUCCCCCUACAGUCACUUGUUGGAUCCAACCUUGUGGCUCGAGAUACACGAUGUUUUUACCAAGGAGGCGUGCAUGUUACUAGGCUUAAGUGUUGACAGCCCGCUUUCCGUUUGCAUCAAUGCAGGAUGCACCGCGUUACCUGCCUUGUUAAAUAUCAAACAGGUGAUGCAACAAAGACAAGUGACCGGCAUUUGGAGCGGCAAAGACGAAUUACCCAUUGAAAUAGACUUGGGUAAGCAGGGUCGUUAUCAUUCUGUCUUCGCCUGUCCCAUUCUCAGACAACAAAGUACAGAAAGUAAUCCACCGAUGAAGCUGGUCUGCGGGCAUGUUAUAUCACGCGACGCGUUAAACAAGCUGACCAGCGCGAAUAAAAAUCAAUUUGUUUCAAGGUUGAAAUGCCCCUACUGCCCCGUGGAGCAGAAUCCCGAAGACGCGAGACUUAUUUAUUUUUAGGCUGUGAUAUAUUAUGUACAUGUAAAAAGCUAGUUUUGCAGUUUCUUUGUAAUGGAUUAUAUAUUAAAGGAAGAACAAACAAUACACAUAACGCAACAUGCAAUAACCGACAGAUCGUAAAGUCUCCAUACUCUAUAACUUAUCGCCAAUAACUAGAUCGUUCCAACGAACUUUCUCCGUUUGUUACAAAUAUCGAAAAUUAAUUCCAUCUUUUCUACAAGACGCAGAUAUAAGACCGUUAACUCUCCGUAUUAGCUUCACAGUCUUUUUCAGAAAAUCAGUUCUCAGACGGAUCGGAACGAAGGAGAAAAAAAAGAAGGAGGAACUGUGAUAGCUUUAAUAUUUGUGAGGUAGACGUAACUGUGCAAUUGUAUCGUAGGUAGACAAUUUAUAUUACUUUAGACUAAGAUAAGAGACUUCAGCUUUCUAUGCGAUCGACAAGUUGAAAGCCAUAAAUAUAUGUGUAAGACGCCUAACAAAUUUUGUUAUGAGAUUCUCUUCGUAUAAUUGUUCAUUUCUCGUUUCAAGUGUAUGUCGGCUUGGUUAAAUGAAGAUGAUUUUAUAAACA